AUGCAUCACGAUGGGCACCAGGCGGGGGAAAUAUUCAAUGAGACGGACAAAGCUGUGUGCUGGCUAGUAUUAAAGGCAUUAAGUUUCAAACAUGGGAUCCAGUGGAUGGCAGGAGGUACACACUUGAAUAAUGUGCACACGGAGGAUGCUACAAUAGAGCCGUAUAUGAAAUGUAUUUUAGUGAAUAUAUUUAUGAAAAAAAUAAUAGGACACAAAUGUUUGCACUUAGACGGAGGAAGAAAUGCAUUUAAAGCUGCGACAGCAACGCGCAGGCAGGGCCAGUACCAGGAGCCCAAUAUGGAAUGUGAGAAGGAGGACAGGAAGGACGGUACAAAGACAAAAGGACAAAACACGGCAGAAUGGGAUCCAUGGGACAUAAUGAAAAGAUGGCUUCAGAGGAAUAAGCGCUACUUGAGCGAUGGGGACUGGGGAGUAUUAGGGAAGGAAUGCAUAGUAGACAGAGACAACGGCGCAGUAGGAACAAAUGAGGAACAGGUGAUAGAGAUAAAACAUAGAGCGAAUAACAAAAUUGAGGAAGUAGGUACAGCACUGGAAGCAGUCGUAAAGGAGAUACUAAAGGAAAUAGAUUCCUCCAGUGCGGGAGAAAGUAUGGAUUCUAUAAUAAAGAAGGUGAAGCAGGGCAAGGACUCCGCUUCGACCACUCCACAACAACACGGACAAUCAGCGGGGGAACAACAGGCUACAUCGUCAUCAACAACAACAUCAUCACCGGGCAUGUCAGAACCGGGUACUACACAUACUGCAGUUGGCAGCGCCAAACCAGCAGAUAAUGAACCGGCAACACAAAAGGAACCGACAGGUAAGGACACAUGGGAGAAAGCACGAAUGCGGACAAAUAUGACCGAAUACGUACCGUACGAAUAUGGAUGCCGCCACAACAACAACGCACACGCGGCGGAAGCAGCACAGCAACAGACUUCGUUGACGUUGAUCGGCCACGACCGGCGCGACGAGCGCACCGUUGGCAGCGUUGGCCACUGUGUAGACGAGCGUACCGUGCAGCGGCGCGGUGACGAGUGUGGAGCGUACGGGAUUUAUGGAUAUAAAAGGAUUAUAUGUGCAUAG